AUGUUGUUCAUUCUACCGCCAUGGAGUCUUACAGAGACUCAUCUCGCCCCUGAACAGCUUGGUCUGGCACACGCCCGAGAAAACAGUAUCAAGAAUGGCAUACCAACCAUAGCCGUCUCCCCGACUCAGGGAAAGUUCCUUUCGUUGCUUGCCACCAUGAGUAGUGCGAACUAUGUUCUGGAGCUUGGAACUCUUGGGGGUUACUCAAGCAUUUGUCUUGCCCAGGCAAUCAAAGAGCGUGGAGGAAAGCUCACAAGUGUCGAUAUUUCUAGCGACCGACGUCAAGUUGCUAUACAAAACUUGCAGUUUGCUGGUAUCGAUGUACCUGGCGAGGCGGAUGUGCUUCUUGGGGCUGCUCUAGAUAUUCUUCCAAACCUUGCCAACGAGAUUGAAACUGGAACCCGCUCAGCAUUUGACUUUGUGUUCAUUGAUGCAAAUUGGGACAACCAGUGGGAAUAUUUCGACUUCGCCGUCAAAAUUUCGAAAGGAAAAGGCAGCGUUAUUUAUGUAGAUAACGUGGUGAGACAAAUCCUUGAGGCCGGCAUAAUUGGACCAGAGAAGAAGGAUGAGGAAGUCAUGCCACUAGUAGAAAAGGUCGGGCAAGAUAACAGAGUAGAUGCGGUUGUUAUGCAGACAGUUGGUGCAAAAAGCUAUGAUGGAUUUCUAAUGGCUGUCAUCAGUCGUCAGGUAGUGUUUAUCUCCUUAUCUAUACACAUUAUUGCGAUGGCUGCCAUGGCCACUUUCCCCUCAGAUCUUCUAUCGCAACAAGGACGGCCUGCAGAGAACCUCAAGGCUCUGUCAUGUAUAAUCUGUCGACGGAGAAAACUGAAAUGUGACCGCAGGGAUCCGUGUUCGCGAUGCAUCAAAUCUAGUGUUGAAUGUAUUUAUCCAGAUCCAGUGCGAUCGCGUCACCAGCGCAAACCGGAGCUAGUCUUGAUAACACGACUAAAGCAUUACGAAAAUCUGCUCAGAAAGAACGGGAUUGAUCCAAAUGCUAUUGAAAGUGAUAGCUAUGAUGACAGCGUUUCAAUUGAGGGCGAAGUGGAAAACACUCUCAACAUCGACCCGGUUCAGGCUUCUUCUGAUGUCCACAACCAAACCACAAAGGGACAGUUCCUGUCGAGAGGAGGGAAGUCCAUUUACUUUGACAAGUAUGGUAUUUCACUUCUGAGCUUUGAAACUGAAAAAUUAACCAUCGAUGAAAACAGUAAUGUCUGGAGAAAUUUCGGCAGUGACCUCCGCGAGACCGACUCAUUACUGCACGAUAUAGAAGAAUAUAGUCAGGCUGAUAAUUUGUUGACUGACCACGGGGGACUUCCUUUAAAUUUCGAUCGGCUACUUUUAGGACCCCCCUCUAGAUCUUCUUUAGCUGGUCUACACCCCAACUCCGUCCAGUCCUUCAAAUUGUGGAACAUCUUCCUUGAAAAUGUCAAUUCACUAACGAAGGUUAUUCACGCGCCAUCUGUCCAGAAACGAAUCAUGGAAGUCAUUGGUGAUAUCGACUCAAUCGGAAACGGCCUUGAAGCACUUUUCUUCGCCAUAUACUGCUGCGCGAUCAAUUCCAUGACUGAAGACGAAGUAAGGUCCGAGCUUGACACGGAGAAGACAAUUUUAUGGAAUAGGUGCCGUGCUGGUGCCCAGCAAGCUCUGGUAAAUGCCAGGUUUACCGCAACAGCGGAUUUGAUGGUCCUUCAAGCUUUGCUCCUCUUUAUUAUCUCAACACGUGAUGAUUGCCAUCAAAGAAGCCUAUGGUGUCUCAGUGGAGUUGCCAUCCGGAUAGCCCAUCAGCUUGGACUUCACCGUGAUGGAUCCUGUCUUGGAAUGCCCUUCUUCGAGACAGAAAUGCGACGGCGCGUGUGGUGGCAACUGAUAGUAACUGACAGGCUUAUUGCACGCACGUGCGGUUCAUUACCGGCUCCACUGCCGCAAUCAGAUACACGACUUCCGACAAUUGUCAAUGAUACAGAGUUGUAUCCGGAUAUGAAAGAAAGUGUAGCUGACAGUACCGGCGCAACGGAGAUGGUAUUCUGCCAGGUGCGAUAUGAAUUCCAUUCUUGGUUUCAGCGUCAAGACGAUGGGAAAAUGACAAAAACCGGGGAGGAUCCCUGGCGACUUCUGGCCGCGCUUGGUCAGAAAAUGUCAACAAACGCUAUGUCGGGGCUAGAAAGAGCACUCACCGAAAAGAUCAUUGAAAAAUGCGACCCAUCCAUUCCGCUGCACCUCCUUGCCAUCACAUCUGCGAGGUCGACCAUGGCUUUAGUAAGAUUAAUGGCACUUGAUCCUUUUCAUUCCUUGGAACGAGGUCAGCCACUAUCACAGGCCGAGAGAGACAAAAUAUUCGAUGCAUCUCUACAACUUGCAAAGUUCUCGACGGAUAUUCGCUCCAUGGACUCCUUGAAACGUUUUUCGUGGCAUCUAGACUAUUUCUUUCCAUGGCCUGCGCUAGUAUACGCGCUGUCAGAACUCCGAUAUCGACCCAUCGGAGAACCUACAACGCAGGCCUGGUUCUACCUUGGCUCAUUAUAUUCUAGGCAUCAUGCUCGACUGAUCUCCCGCGCCCGAGGCCCGCUUCAUCUUAUCAUAUCGAAACUAGCUGUUAAGGCAUGGGACGUUCACAAAACCCAGUACGAGCAACAGGGAUUGUCUGUCCCCCCGAAGCCUGAAAUAGUCGCCAUUGCGUCAGAAAUCGACAACCAGGAAAACAAACUCGCUCCGAUGGAAGAGGAUCAGCACUUUCACGGCCAGCCGAACCAUAUCUUCCAGGGCCUAAAUUUAGACGAGUCGCACUACGAUUCCAGCACGUCAACGGGAAUAAAUGAAGAUAGUCAUGAUUUGCUCGCCGGCUUCUUUGAUCAAACGGCAGCACUAGGCGAUACUUCAAUGGAUUGGGGCACCUUGGAUAGCAUUCUUCAAGAUCCACAUGAUUUUAACAUGUCCGUUUAUCUUUAA